AUGAAGGCCGACGAGGCUGCCGAGAUGGUUGCAAUCCAAUCUUGGCUGGCCAAGUCCUGCCGCGAUAUCUUGGAUGAGUGUGACGUUACCCUUGCCGUCAACACACAACUGAUAUACCCAAGUGGCUCACAACUCACCGUCGAUGGCCAUCCAAGUCGCUGGGAAGUCACCAUCACGGUGCUCAGUCUUGUUUCACAUUACCUCCCCUAUUUGGCCCGGGAGUAUCCACAUAGCAUAGAUAUCCUGAAAAGAACCGCAGCAGAGUUUCCUGUGGCGUACUUUCUCAGAAGUGAUGUGGAGGAUGCUCUCAUUCAACGGAUAGUCGAUGAUGUGUGCUGUUCUCGGACUUGGAUCUUGCCCAUGCGGAACUGCACGGUCGCAGAACAAAAUGCGCUCAGAACAUUUAUCUCUGAUGAGAAAAUCAGCCCCGAUGUUCUUCACUGUAUCUCCAGUCUUUUCCCAAAGAAUCCAAGCGCCCAGAAGAAUGUUUACUUGCUCCGUGGGCUACUUGUGCAUGGGGUCUUGCUACUGUGUUUGAAAAGGCGCUGGAAUGUGCAGUAUGGGCUCCAUCCAGGCCGUGAUCCCAUGGCUGUACCAUUUCAUGCGAAGGGUGUCCCUUCCGAGCAAGCAGAAUGGGGUCAUCCAGAUGUCGCAAUCAUAUUCACUUGCCUCUCAUUUUAUCAUCAAGGACUCGACGAAAAGCAAUUCCAGCAAAGUCUGCGAGCGGUUCUACGAUCCGACGAUCCAUCUCUGGAAUACGACAAAUGGACACACGCAUCGGCAACGCUACCUGAGAGGCUCAAACACUGGAACAUCAUCAACUUCGACGACAGUGGUCAAUUCCAGGAAAUUUGGCGGCAUUUACGCUUUACGAUCGUUGUCAUCAACCAUUUUCUGAAUAAUUACGUGUUCCCAAUUCAUGCAAAACAAUUCGCAAUCAAGCUGCAAGCCUCCGGAUGGGAUGUUCCUCUAUUCAACAACUCUAUUGUCGCGUCGCCCGAGAAGUGUGCAAGUCGCCCAGGAAUCACCACUGGCUUUAGUGGUACCAACGAUAACCGCAGGCUUCUGCCCCUUACGAUUCAGCAACAUGACCUCGAUGGUCUGUCCCAUACAAAUGCUGAGGUGUUGAUGUACCUGCUCCAGGAACGUAACAGACGAUAUGAAGUUGCCACAGAUCCAUGCGGUAAAAGGCUUUCCGAGGUAGAUCUUUUAGGGCGCUUGAAGAAAAGAAGAAUUCGCGUUCUCAUCGAUGCGGGUGCCUACAUUCUGGAGAUGGAUAAUCGGGCACUCGCCAAGGCCUGGCUGGAACAAGACACGCAAGCUCAGGCGGCUGUAUAUUUCGCAAUGGAUAACAGAGCUUGGGUGGAGUUCAGGGAGGGGACAACAAUACCACUCCUUGCAACUCCGUUUGCGGAUAACUUGGAUGACUGCCUUGUCUAUCUGGAUGAGGCUCAUACAAGAGGGACUGAUCUCAAACUGCCAAUGCAUGCUACAGGAGCUCUUACUCUCGGCUUAAAACAGACAAAAGAUAAAACGGUACAAGCUGCGAUGAGGCUAAGGCAGCUGAGGAGUACCCAGUCAAUAACCUUUGUUGCCCCACCGGAGGUACACCGCAAUAUCCUCGAUGUUUGCAAGAAAGGGCCAACGGAUCUUCCAGACUCCUCCGACGUUAUCACCUGGCUCCUUGAUCAGACGUGCACAUCAAACUCAGAGGCUCAGCACUUGUACCUCGCUCAAGGAGUGGACUUCUGUCGGCGAACGGAGGCUGCAGCGAGGAACUGUAGUUUCCUCACGAGUACUGCUGCGAGACAGGCAUAUUUGAAAGUUCUGCGGCAACCUGAGCAGCAGACUCUAGAACAGCUGUACAGGCCAAGGAGCCUUAAACAAAGCACCGAUCCGUCUUCGUCAGCCAGGAGAAGUCUUGUCUUGAGUGGGAAAGUUGCUGCUUUCGUCCAGGAGCUGCGGACCAGGAAGGAAGAGACUGCCAGUUCUUUCGGUCAGGCCACUAGCACAGCAUUGGAGGAGGUCGAGCAAGAGCGUGAGGUUGCCUUCGAGAUAGAGGAAGAGCGAGAAAUGCAGCGACCUCCCAGAAUGACGGCGUUGACAUUCCCAGGCCUUCACGAAUCGAUUAUGCAGUUUUUGCUGACCGGCUCUGUUGAUGAGGAUGGAUUUGUCAUGGCCUCCAACAUGCUACAGGACACAGAGUUAGCACAAAAGCACGAAAUCAAGGCUUCGGUGCUGCUCUCUCGUCUUUUCGUCUCUCUCGAAUUUAUUAGGACGAUCAAGCAGAGGUCCGGGGGAAGAAACGAUAACUUCAUACGCAGCGUGAACUGGGUUCUGUUUCACACAGAGACAGAAGGUGCGGUAGUUGUUAUUCCAGAAGAGGCAGAAGCACUCAUACCCAUUCUGCGAUCCCUCGAGCCACCAUCGGUGCAUUUGAUCAGUUAUGCAUCUCCCUGCACAAAGCGGAUGAUGGACUUUGAUAAACUUGACUAUUACGCGCUCCCAAGUCUCCCCAGCGAUUGGACACCUCCUUCCUGGCUUCCCUUCGAGCAAAGCAUUCUGGCCGGGAGGUUAUACUUUGAUUUUGCAGGCUACGAAACCGUUCUCGAAGGACUCUAUCUGACCCAGGAAAGCUUGUCAGGUCUUGACGCGUCUGCGGUUCACGCUCUUCAAACCCUUACAAAACGCCAUCUCACCUUCUUGCAGGAGUGGCUCACUCUUCGACGACAGGGGCAAGACGUCUCACAGACCCCAAUGGGGUACGUCGUCCAGGAGUGGCCGCUGCGGCGCGAUCAUCCAUUCUUCAAGACCAGAGUAGCCACGCAGGCAAUACCCGAGGCAGGCGAUCGACCGACUAGCCCUAAUGGCGACAGUACUGAUAGUGUUGGCGAUGAGUUCUAUGACAGCGGUGAUGAUGAACGUAUGGAUAUGUUUGAAGAUUCGUAUGAGGAAACUGAAGGCAGCGAUGUAGUUUCGUGA